AUGUUCCUUGACAAAAUAAAACCAACUACAGAAAUAAACGACGCAAGACUGAAAGAUUGGGUAAAAGCUUUCCCAUUCACAAAAGAUAUAGUUGGUAACAUGGAAAGAAAACCAGAAUGGCUACAAAAACAUAUAUUUGGAAACGAGCUUAUUCCAUAUGGACAGGCACUGUUUGAAGCGCUUGAACCGGAAACUCAGGAAAGAGUCAUGCAAACAAUACGCGAAGACUCAAAUACAGACUAUGACAAACUCUUUCUAGAUAUAGGUUACCUGAGAUGGGCGACCAGAGCCAAAAGGCAAAAAGGACAUGGGAAAUUUGCAACAUACUAG